GUGAGCAACAGUACGAAAUUAAUUUGGGCUGUUAUUAAAUCAAAAGAAAAGAUGGUGUAAAGUCAUAAAGCUUCCCUCCUCCAUUUGUUUUUCUCUCUAUAAACCCCUCUCUUCAAACGCAUCUUCUAUCAUAGUCUAUGUAAUCUGAAUUUGUUGUCAAUUUAAGGAAAGAUGACGAAGUUGAAGUCUUCUUGCAAGGAGAAGAUGAGUAGAUUUCGAAAUUGUGGGAAGUUUAAUUUGAAUGAAGUUGCUGAAUUUGAAGUGCAUAGCAGUUCAAAUAGUGAGCAAGAUGACAGUGAAGAUCGUGAUUUUAAUGCUGAUAUUGUUGAUGACGAGGAUGAUGAUGAGCUUUUAAAUCCGGUGAGCACUACCACUAUGAAACAGAAGAGGGGGCGUCCAAAGGGAUCGAAGAACAAACAGCAGGCGAUAGUGGAAAAGAAAGUUACUAAAGUGAAAGUCACGCUAGAGACGCGAGUAUUCGAGGACAAUAGUUUCACUAAGGGCGGUGAAGUGAAGGAAGCUGGUGACGUGUUGAAAGUCCUUCAAGAGGAAUAUAAAGGACGGAUGGAAAGUUGCUAUUCUAUUAUGCCGUUGGUUGUUGCCGAGACUUUGCUGAGUGCGGAUGAGCUGAAGAAGGAUGCCAAAUCUGAAUAUUUUAAGGGAAGCCUCCUAUUACUGCAGAUUUGGCUCGUGGAACGGGCUUAGACUUUUGGAAGCUCCUGCCGAUCCUAAACAUUAUCGCCCUAUAGCCUUGGGUAACCGAAAAUACUUGCACCAAGGCCAGGACGAGGCCGAGUGGACCUCCUUUUUUACUUAUGGCAUUUGUUCUAUUAAGUGGGUGGUACCAUGGUGGGGUUUGACUACUAUGACAGGGGGUUCUGAUGUAUCGGUUUAUGUUUCUUUGUUGGGGCUAUCUCGUCCCAUUUAUAUUUUCCCUUAACGAGUCAUGCGUCAAUAUGGUUUAAGGCAGAAUAUCCCCUUUUCUGAUACGGUACCACCUAAGGUAGCGGCCUUUUCACAAGCACGGGUUCUAGCGUGGGCUAAGUAUUAUGAUGGUCUCCCGCGUUGGGCCGUAGCUACAAAUGGCUUUGUGGGUCUUUCUGAAAACUACAAGUUGUGGAUGAGCUCCGAUGAUAAAGAUGUGAGGACCGAGGCUCGAAAUGGGGAGCCGGCUGAGCUUUUGAUACCUCGUAUUCGUGUUAAGUAUGAGGGUCCUGAUUCUGCCAAACGUCGUACCUAUAGUAUUAAGACUGUGAAAGCUCGUCCUGAUCGAAAGCGAAAGGAAGUUCCUCCCCGUUCCAGUUUUAGGCCUAAAAAGAUGCCUAACAUGAAGGGGCCUGCUGUUGUUAAAAGAAAUGCAAGCUCUCGCGGAGAUCGUCGCCGGAAAAAUGUAUGGGUUAGGAAGGCUCAGCCGCCUGUAGAAACAGUGGCUAGUCUAGUUGAUGAUAAUAAUCCUUCUCCCACCAUUGUCUGUGCCCUUGAGGCUGAGCGGGCUAUAACUGAGAAUGUUUCUGAAGCCUUGGCAUCUUUGGAAGUUAGUGUCCAGGAGCCGGUUCUUAUGGAGAUUGAUAUUGGGGCAGCGCAGAAGACUGUGGGGGUGGAUCCUGCGAACAUUGCCCCCUACAAGACUUUAUUUGAUGAUCCGGAAGAACUAGAGUAGUGUAGUUCUUGCUAGGGUGUAGGUGCCCUUUAUUUAUUUCAGUUGUGUUUGUUUUUAUUCUUAGCACUUUGUUUUCCUUCUUAUUAUUUUUUCAAUAAAGGCGUAUUUUUAUUUUUCA